UCGUGUGACAGACAUGUACUGAGCUGAAAGCGGCUGCAACAGUGCUAUUAUCCUCUUCUUCUUUCUCCAGGCUUCGUACACGGAGCGCUGGAAAACCGCUCCCUUGCAGACACCGCCUUUGUAGUUCAGGCCCCGCCUCUCCCGUUAUUCUCUGCUGGGUCAUCGCCUUGGGCACGGUAUUUCCGGUCGGUGUCAUUCUAGCACCGUGGAUAUUGGUCGAAUGAUUGAUUGAUGUUUGGAUAGGAAAGUGCAGCUUCUGGUGCCCGCAAUCUUCCCAAUGCUGCCGGUAAGAUAGUGAGAGAUAGCGAUGUUACUGCCAGUGUGAACCCAGGAUAUUGGCUGCACUGAACCAGGGAGUUGCGAGUAAAGGAUCACGUGCAGCCCCAGUAUGUUGGUCUUCAUGUGCAUCAUUAGCCAUUUCCUCCUCCUUCCUGAACUGAGGGCUGACAGUCUCCCAGAGUUCACUAAAAAGCCCACAGAUGAAAUAGGUGUUUCUGGAGGUGUGGCUUCCUUUGUGUGUCAAGCUACCGGAGACCCCAAACCCAGAGUAACAUGGAACAAGCGAGGCAAGAAAGUAAACUCCCAACGAUUUGAGACCAUAGAAUUUGAUGAGGGUGCUGGUGCAGUUCUACGUAUUCAACCUCUGCGAACACCACGAGAUGAAAAUGUUUAUGAAUGUGUUGCUCAGAAUAUCCAUGGUGAAUCUACAGUCAGUGCCAAACUCACUGUCCUGAGAGAGGACCAGCUCCCUCCUGGUUUUCCAAAUAUUGAUAUGGGCCCACAGCUCAAGGUGGUUGAGCGUACAAGAACAGCUACAAUGUUGUGUGCAGCAAGUGGCAAUCCAGAUCCUGAAAUAACCUGGUUUAAAGACUUCCUUCCUGUAGAUCCUGCCACCAGUAAUGGAAGAAUCAAACAACUCAGAUCGGGUGCCUUACAAAUUGAAAACAGCGAAGAGACCGAUCAGGGAAAGUACGAAUGUGUGGCAACCAACAGUGCCGGAGUUCGCUACUCUUCACCCGCUAAUCUUUACGUGAGAGAGCUACGAGAAGUUCGUCGUGUUGCUCCACGCUUCUCCAUUCUGCCUGUGAGCCAUGAGAUUAUGCCGGGAGGUAAUGUAAAUAUAACUUGUGUUGCGGUUGGUUCACCCAUGCCAUAUGUGAAGUGGAUGAUGGGUACAGAAGACCUAACCCCGGAAGAUGAUAUGCCAGUGGGGCGUAACGUUCUGGAACUUACAAAUGUUAAGGAGUCUGCUAAUUACACCUGUGUUGCUAUGUCAAGUCUUGGGGUUAUUGAGUCCGUAGCCCAAAUCACAGUGAAAUCCCUUCCUAAGGCACCAGGGGCCCCAGUUGUAACAGAAACCACUGCCACAAGCAUUACAAUUACUUGGGAUUCAGGAAAUCCUGAUCCUGUAUCUUACUAUAUCAUAGAGUACAAGUUUAAAACACAGGAUGGACCAUAUCAAAUUAAGGAGGACAUCACUACUACAAGAUACAGCAUUGGAGGCCUCAGUCCCAACUCUGAGUAUGAGAUCUGGGUGUCAGCAGUAAACUCUAUUGGACAAGGACCACCCAGUGAACCUGUCGUAACACGGACAGGAGAGCAGGCUCCUGCUAGUGCACCUCGAAAUGUACAGGCCCGAAUGCUUACCGCAACUACUAUGAUUAUUCAGUGGGAAGAGCCCGUGGAACCCAAUGGUCAAAUAAGGGGCUACCGAAUUUACUACACUAUGGACCCUGAGAAGCAAGUUAGCAACUGGGAUAAAUCUAGUGUGGAUGAUAGCCUCUUGACAACAAUAGGAGGCUUACUGGGGCAUGAAACCUACACUGUCAGAGUCUUGGCUUUUACUUCAGUGGGGGAUGGUCCGCUCUCUGAUCCUAUCCAAGUUAAAACACAGCAAGGAGUGCCUGGUCAGCCAAUGAAUUUCAGAGCAGAAGCAAAGUCUGAAACAACAAUUAGCCUCACCUGGAGCCCUCCACGUCAGGAUAGUAUUGUGAAGUAUGAGGUUUGCUACAAGGAAGGAGAGAAAGGAAAUGAGAUCAGAAAAACCUUUGAUCCAGCAACAUCAUAUUUAGUUGAAGGCUUAAAACCCAACACAGAAUAUAUAUUCCGACUUGCUGCCCGUUCUACGCAAGGCCAGGGUGCUUGGACUACAGAUGUUAAAGAGCGAACCAUGCAGUCUAAACCGUCUGCCCCCCCUCAAGAUGUAAAGUGUGUCAGCACAAAGUCCACCACAAUACUGGUAAGUUGGCAGCCACCCCCCGCAGAGAGCCAUAAUGGCAUUCUUGCUGGAUACAGCGUACGCUAUGGUGCUUUGGACUCUGAGGAAUCAAUUAUGAAAGAAUUAAAGGACAUUCCAGCCCAGACUACAGAGAUCCUUUUAGAAGCUCUGGAAAAGUGGACAGAGUACCGUGUUACUGUUGUGGCGCAUACUGCAGUGGGACCUGGCCCUGAGAGCUCGCCCGUUGUUAUACGCACUGAUGAAGAUGUACCCAGUGCUCCACCACGAAAAGUGGAGGUGGAAGUACUGAACUCUACCGCCAUUAAAGUGUUCUGGCGUUCGCCUGUUCAAAACCGCCAACAUGGACAAAUUCGUGGUUACCAAGUUCACUUUGUUAAAAUGGAAAAUGGAGAGGCAAAAGGGCUCCCCCUUAUAAGAGAUAUUAUGCUGGCUGAUGCUCAGUGGGAAAUGGAUGAUACAGCUGAAUAUGAAAUGGUUAUAGAUGGACUUCAACCUGAAACCUCAUAUUCCAUAACAGUUGCUGCAUACACUAUGAAAGGAGACGGAGCACGUUGUAAACCAAAGCUUGUGACUACAAAGAGUGCAGUUUCAGGAAAACCUGACCUUUCUGUGCAUCAGACAUCAGAGAACAGCCUACUUUUACAAUGGGAACCACCAAGUAAGUCAGUUGGACACGUCCUAGGUUACCGCCUACAGUUUGGGCGUCUUGAUGCUAAAGUUCUUUCAACUUUAGAGUUUGGAGCUCAAGAAAAGAAAUUUACAGCCACCAAUAUCCACAAGGGUGCAAAGUACAUUUUUAGAAUGGCGGUCAAAAGCCGGGCGGGCUUCAGUGAGGAAGCUGUUGAAGAGUUCAUCAUACCAGAGGAAGCACCUAAAGGUUACCCUCAAUUAGCUGACCCUGGCAAUAUCACUUCUGUGUCUAUCCAGCUAACCUGGUUGCCUCCUGUUCUGGCUGAACAGAAUGGUAUGAUCACCAAGUAUACAGUAGUAUAUUGGGUAGCCGACUCUCCAGAAAAUAUGCUGGAAAUAGACCUACCAUCUUCUGAAAGUUCUUGCUUGCUGAGCAACCUGAAGCCUAACACUGUUUAUGAAGUCAAAAUACGUGCACACACCAGUAAAGGUCCUGGGCCUUACAGUCCAAGUGUUCAGUACCGCACUUAUCUCCUAAAUCAAGUAUUACCAAAAAAUUUCAAGGUCAAGAUGGUCACAAAGACGUCAGUUCUUCUGAGUUGGGAAUUUCCAGAAAACUACAACUCAAUAGUGCCUUAUAAGAUACAAUAUAAUAUGCAGACAGUGGAUGUAGACGGACGAACAACAAAGAAAUUAAUUACCAACCUCAAACCUAAGACAUAUUACAACUUUAUUCUUACAAAUCGUGGGAACACCAUGAGUGGUCUUCAGCAGAAUGUUGCAGUACGUACUGCACCGAACAUGUUGGGUAUGAAACCUAUGGUGACGCGGAAGCCAGAACCAGAUGGUAGCUUAACAGUAGUUCUACCUGAUGUUGAAACGUCUGAAACUGUGAGGAGUUACUAUAUUAUAGUAGUGCCUUUGAAGAAAGUACGUGGCCUGUUUCAAAAUCCCUGGGGUAGUCCAGAAGAAAUGGAUUUAGAAGAGGUAAUUCAUACUAUUUCAAAGCAACAUCGUCGGAGUGUGCGACAUUUAAAGCAUGUGGAAUUUCCCAAGCCAUACGUAGCUGCCCGUUUCCAAUCUUUACCUGGGCACUUUACACUUGGUGAUCAGAAAAUUCAUGAUGGUUAUGAGAACAAGGCAUUGGAAAUUGGACAGAAAUAUGUUUUCUUCAUCCUGGCUAUGCUGGAAGGUGCUGAAGCGAAGAUGUUUGCUGCAAGCCCAUAUUCAGACCCAAUUCAAAUUGAAGAUCCAGAUCCCCAGCCAAUCACUGAUGGAGAAGAAGGUCUGAUUUGGGUUAUUGGUCCAGUCCUGGCUGUUGUUUUUAUAAUCUGCAUUGUCAUCGCCAUUCUCCUUUACAAAAACAAACGGAAAAACUCAGAACCCAGAUCAAAAUGUUUGCUGAACAAUGCGGAGAUCCCUCCUCACCACCCUACUGAUCCUGUGGAGAUGAGACGUAUAAACUUUCAGACUCCAGAUUCUGGUCUCAGCACUCCCCUCAGUGACCAUGAAUUUGAAAGUAUGCUUAAUCAUCCACCAAUACCUACCGCAGAUCUUUCUGAACACACAGAACACCUAAAGGCCAACGAUAACCUAAAGUUAUCUCAGGAAUAUGAGUCCAUUGAUCCAGGACAGCAGUUCACUUGGGAGCACUCAAACCUUGAAGUCAACAAACCCAAAAACCGCUAUGCUAAUGUGAUUGCCUAUGAUCACUCUCGGGUUAUCCUCCUGCCUGUUGAAGGAAUUCUUGGCAGUGACUACAUUAAUGCCAACUAUAUUGAUGGAUACCGUAAACAAAACGCAUACAUCGCAACUCAGGGACCUCUUCCUGAUACCUUUGGAGACUUUUGGCGCAUGGUAUGGGAGCAGCGCUCUGCCACCAUUGUUAUGAUGACCAGGCUGGAAGAAAAAUCUCGGAUAAAAUGUGACCAGUAUUGGCCGGGUCGAGGUGCAGACACAUACGGAAUGAUUCAAGUGACACUAUUAGAUACUAUUGAAUUGGCAACUUUUUGUGUUCGGACCUUCUCCCUGCAUAAGAAUGGUUCUAGUGAAAAGAGAGAAGUACGACAGUUUCAGUUUACAGCAUGGCCAGAUCAUGGAGUUCCUGAGUAUCCAACCCCAUUUUUAGCAUUCCUCAGAAGAGUAAAAACAUGUAACCCUCCUGAUGCAGGACCAAUUGUUGUGCACUGCAGUGCUGGAGUUGGGCGAACUGGCUGUUUUAUUGUUAUCGAUGCAAUGCUCGAGAGAAUAAAGCAUGAGAAAACUGUUGAUAUUUAUGGUCAUGUGACACUAAUGCGCUCACAGCGAAAUUAUAUGGUGCAGACUGAGGAUCAGUACAGCUUUAUACAUGAUGCCUUGUUUGAAGCUGUGGCAUGUGGGAAUACAGAAGUUCCAGCAAGGAAUCUGUACACAUAUAUUCAGAAGUUAGCCCAGAUUGAAGGUGGAGAACAUGUAAUAGGCAUGGAGUUAGAGUUCAAGCGCCUUGCCAAUUCAAAAGCUCACACUUCCAGAUUCAUCAGUGCCAAUCUUCCAUGCAACAAAUUUAAGAAUCGCCUUGUUAAUAUCAUGCCAUAUGAAACCACAAGGGUUUGCCUACAGCCAAUCAGAGGAGUGGAAGGGUCAGAUUAUAUCAAUGCCAGCUUCAUAGAUGGAUACAGGCAACAAAAAGCCUACAUUGCAACUCAAGGGCCCCUUGCAGAGACUACUGAAGAUUUCUGGAGAAUGCUAUGGGAAAAUAACUCAACAAUUGUUGUAAUGUUAACAAAGCUUAGAGAAUUGGGCAGAGAAAAGUGUCAUCAGUAUUGGCCAGCUGAGCGCUCUGCUCGAUAUCAGUACUUCGUAGUGGAUCCAAUGGCUGAAUACAACAUGCCCCAGUACAUCCUGCGGGAAUUUAAGGUUACAGAUGCUAGGGAUGGUCAGUCUCGCACAGUACGACAAUUUCAGUUCACUGAUUGGCCAGAACAAGGUGUCCCAAAAUCGGGUGAAGGUUUCAUCGAUUUCAUUGGCCAAGUACACAAAACAAAAGAGCAAUUUGGACAAGAUGGUCCAAUAUCUGUCCAUUGCAGUGCUGGAGUUGGCAGAACAGGGGUAUUCAUUACCCUGAGCAUAGUCCUAGAAAGAAUGCGGUAUGAAGGAGUUGUAGAUGUUUUUCAAACGGUAAAGAUGCUGCGAACUCAAAGACCAGCAAUGGUGCAGACAGAGGAUGAAUAUCAAUUUUGUUACCAGGCUAGUUUGGAGUAUCUGGGCAGCUUUGAUCACUAUGCAACAUAAGAAGCCAUCAUAAGUGGACAUGGUCGACCACUGACAGUCUCUGCUGACCCUCUUAAAAAGCCUGAAAUCAUAAAAUGAAACUCAGACUCUGGCACCAGGGGUGGGAGGUUUAUUACAUUUUACAGAAGACACAUUCAGAACUCUGGUGUUGAGAGAAUUUUUGAGACUUGGGUGACUUCUAUUUCCAAAUGCUUUUGGUGAUACCUCAAGCACUGUUCUAGAAUUGACAUGGAUUUCGUAUCAAAAGUGGUCCCAACUUGCAGAACAAAGUAUGUUCUUUUAUAAAAGGAUAAUGGAAACUAAUGUUGCAUUCUUGAGGUUCAUGAUAUUUUCACCCUUUUAAAGUAGAACUGUUCAGACAGAAUAACUGCAGUGUUUGUGAACUGGCAAAAUGUAGAGUUAUUUUUGCUUGUAUAUUAAUCUAACAAGAAGUCCUUCUAAAACGCUGCAUCAAGAAAAGGGAAAUUAAGCAGGCCAUUGGUGCGAACAAUGGCUUGGAUUAAUUGUAACUCACCUCCUGAGCCACCAUUACCUGCCUCUGACUUGCAACAUUUAUUUUAAAUUGUGGUUAUGUACAAACAUAUUACGAACAGCUUUCACAUAUCCUUAUUUUAAAUCCUACAGGAGUCUUCAACCUCUUCUGUAUUAUAAUUAUCUUGUCUUUCUGAGAAGACUUCUCAUGUUACAAAAAAAUAGUUAAUUUCUCUAAGAAAAGUUCCAAGGUCAUGACUGUAAAUCUGAGAGGACAUAGAGUAGGAAUCUGCUGCAAAAUAACCUUCAGCAGUUUGCUGACUGUGGCCAAUUUUGUGUUGUUUUAUGUCCAUGCAGUGUGCCCAAAAUCCAAAGUGCAGCUUGUAUAAUACUUCAGAGUGUAUGGCAGUAGCUUGCUUUUAAGUAUUGUAUCUGUAUCCAUUUAAGUGACAUUAAAUUUAGACCCCUUUUUAUAUUGUAUUUCCUUUUUUGUAAACAAACUUAUGUCAAUGAAAUGAAGAGAUGUAUGCUACAGUUCAUAUUCUGUUCAAAGACUGUCUAUUUUUUCACUGUAGAGAUGUUGAUGGCAACUACAUAUACAGUCCAGCUGCUAUUCAUCACACUACUUUUCUACUCUUAAAAAGUAAAUCAAUCAGUUAAUCAGACUGUUCAUAUUUAAAUUCGAGAUAAUUUAGCACAUUACUUAGGCUAUGGAACUUGGGCUUCUGAUAAAUGUACCAAAAAUAUUUAUUUACUAUGAAAAAAAAUUAAAAAGUAACUGGUUUCACAAGCCCUUUGAAUCUAUUGUCUGUGCACUUCAUCGUUCAUGAAGUUUAAAGUUCAUUUGCGGCUGAUUAGUACUAUUCAGAGUCCUUCUUUUAGGAGAGAAUAGUUGUAGGUGGUGUGAAACAAUUAUAUUGCAUUCAGCAAUAUCUGUAGAGAAACCCUGAAUUAUUUGACAGUGGUGGCCAUUUGAGAUUGGAUUGAUUGUCCAACAUGAAAAAAAAUAAUUUUUAAAACACCGUUUAUUACAAAUAUUAAAAGGAAUGUGUGUAAUGUAGAAAUGUUCUUGUUUUGUAAGUUUUCACUGUUUGAGAACAAAUUUACAAUUCCUGUUACCAUAAUAUAAGAAAACAGUUCUGUAAUGAAAGCAAAGCCAAUGUAAAUUGAAAAAGGGCACUAUGGCAAUAUUGCUAAUAUUUUCAAAAACAAAGGAAAGACCAAGACAUUUGUUGGCAAGUCAGUGGUCACUAAAUUCUGUUUUACAAAACCUCUUCUAAAAAAAUAUGUAUCAUUCCUCUAUUCAUCUUAAUUGUAAAGCGCAAAUGUCAAUUCUUUAUAACUGUACUUGGAACAGCAAUGAAAUGUGAUUUACUCACCAUAAUGUAUGUAGAAAUAUCAACUUUGUAUUAAAGAAAAAUGAAACAACAAAA